AUGGAUCAUCAUAAAAAUGUUCUUAAAGCCCUAAACACUAACACAUAAUACUCUUUGUAUCCAGAUUGCGCAACUCCAAAAUGGACAGUACCAUUGUUUAGUGGCUUUUAUAGUUCUUUAUAAAGCAAAAUCCAGGGUCCCCUCUCUUUUUUUCUGCUUUGAAAUAUACAUACCAAGCAUCAUACUACUUUCUCUUAGAGCUGAACACAUAGAAACCUCAAGAAUUAAAACCGAAACUCCCUCUCUGUCCCUCUCUCUCUCUCUCUCUCUCUCUCUCUGCAAUAAAUACAAGUCUGCUGAGAGCCUGAGACACCUUACCCAGUUCUUACUGAUAUCAAAAUCAGAACUUUUUUCUCUCUCUCUUAUCAAAAUCAGAACUUUUUGCUAUCUCUCUCAUGCCUAUAAAGCCAUAAACUUCUAUUAGCUAUUUCUCCCUCAGUCUUGUUUUUCUCUCAAACAAGUAAUGGAGGGAACAGAAGAGUCCAAUGCUAAUAAGAAAUGCACCACCAAAACAAGGAGUUUUAGAGGCAGGGCCAACCCUCACAAGUAUCAGUAUCAGUAUCAGUAUCAACACCAGCUCUUACAGUACUCAAAUCAGUAUGGUUUCUGCAACCAAAACCAGUACCCGAGAUACUACCCAGCUUUGCUUCCACUACCUCCUCAAAUACCACUUCAGCUGGCUUUGACUCCACCUCUCCCUCAAAACCAGAGCUUUAGAACAAAAACCCAUCUCCAAAAACCUUCAUGCAAGCUCAACAGCCCUCCUCCUGCUGCCUCCUCUGAAACCCAUGUCCAAAAUGUUACAAUUUCACCAGCUCCAGAGGAAGUCCAAAGGCCAAAAAGUUUACCCCCCAAAGAUGAUAAUGGAAGAAGGAUCAUAGGUUCAAGGACUUCACAAGCACUAGUGGCUGCAAGGAGACCAGAUUCUGGGGGUGUUGAAGGGCCAGUUAUCUCUCUCAUAGCCAACCAUUUUCUUGUUCGAUUUGAUCCAUCACAAAGAAUUUUCCAUUACAAUGUUGAAAUCUCUCCUAAUCCCUCAAAAGAAAUUGCCCGAAUGAUCAAACAAAAAUUGGUUGAGGAAAAGUCAGCUGUGCUCUCUGGUGCUCUACCAGCCUAUGAUGGUCGAAAGAAUCUUUACAGCUCGGUUGAAUUCCAAAAUGAUAGGCUUGAAUUCUAUGUAAGCCUCCCAAUCCCCACUAGUAAGUCAACUUUGCCAAAUGGAGAAUUUAGUAACUUGCUAGAGAAGCAUCAACAGCAUAAGCAAUUUCGAAUAAACAUCAAACUUGUGUCAAAGAUUGAUGGAAAGGAGUUAAGUAGUUACUUGAGCAAGGAGGGAGACGAUUGGAUCCCUCUUCCUCAAGAUUAUCUCCAUGCUUUGGAUAUUAUUUUAAGGGAAAGUCCGACGGAGAAAUGUAUAUCUGUUGGGAGGUCACUGUAUUCAAGUUCAAUGGGAGGAACUAAAGCAAUUGGAGGUGGAGCAGUUGGAUUGAGAGGGUUCUUUCAGAGUCUUCGCCCAACCCAACAAGGACUUGCUCUCAAUGUAGAUUUCUCUGUGACCGCUUUCCAUGAAAGCAUUGGAGUUAUCCCCUAUUUGCAGAAGCGGCUUGAAUUUCUUCGAGACCUUUCUCAAAGGAAGACAAGGGGUUUAAUUGAUGAAGAGAGGAAGGAAGUGGAGAAGGCAUUGAAGAACAUCAGGAUCUUUGUUUGCCACAGAGAAACUGUUCAGAGAUAUCGGGUCUAUGGCUUAACUGAGGAAGCUACUGAAAAUCUUUGGUUUGCAGACAGGGAUAGAAAGAAUCUGAGGCUGGUGACUUACUUCAAGGAUCACUAUAAUUAUGAUAUACAGUUCAGGAACUUGCCAUGCUUGCAAAUUAGUAGGAGAAAACCAUGUUAUCUUCCUAUGGAGCUUUGUAUGAUUUGUGAAGGCCAGAAGUUUCUUGGGAAGCUUUCAGAUGAUCAGAUUGCAAGAAUACUUAAGAUGGGAUGCCAACGACCUAGACAGAGAAAAGAAAUUAUAGAUGAAGUCAUGAGAGGACCUGUUGGGCCAACAAGUGGCACACAAGGCAGAGAGUUCAACCUCAAUGUUUCGGUAGAAAUGACCCGAUUAAAUGGAAGAAUUCUUCAACCUCCUAAACUAAAGCUUGGUGAUGGUGGCCAUGUGAGAGACUUGGUUCCUUCCCGUCAUGACCGACAGUGGAACCUUCUUGACAGCCAUGUUUUUGAAGGAACUAAGAUUGAAAGGUGGGCACUGAUAAGUUUUGGUGGCACCUCUGAUCAAAAGUCAUACAUUCCAAAAUUUAUUAACCAGCUAUCACAGAGGUGUGAACAACUAGGCAUCUUUCUUAACAAAAAUACAAUUGUUAGCCCCCAAUUUGAAUCAACCCAAGUGCUUAACAAAGUGUCUCUUUUGGAAUCGAAACUUAAGAAAUUACAAAGAGCAGCAUCAAACAAUCUUCAGUUGCUUAUUUGUGUAAUGGAGAGAAAACACAAAGGUUAUGCAGAUUUGAAGAGAAUUGCAGAGACGAGCAUUGGAGUUGUAAGCCAGUGCUGCUUAUAUCCAAACCUCAGCAGAUUGACUUCUCAAUUUCUCGCAAAUUUGGCUCUCAAGAUCAAUGCCAAAGUUGGUGGAUGCACUGUUGCCUUGUACAAUUCAUUACCCUCUCAAAUCCCACGUCUCUUCCGGUCCGAUGAGCCAGUGAUUUUUAUGGGUGCUGAUGUGACACACCCUCACCCACUUGAUGAUUAUAGCCCAUCUGUUGCUGCUGUGGUUGGUAGCAUGAAUUGGCCAGCAGCAAACAAGUAUGUUUCAAGAAUGAGGUCCCAAACACAUAGACAAGAAAUAAUCCAGGAACUUGGUGUAAUGGUCUGGGAAUUACUUGAUGAUUUUUACCAGGAAGUAAACAAACUCCCCCAAAGAAUAAUUUUCUUCAGAGAUGGAGUAAGUGAAACCCAAUUUUAUAAAGUGCUACAAGAGGAGCUGCAAGCCAUUAGAGUGGCUUGUUCUAGAUUUCCUGGUUAUAAACCUCUCAUUACUUUUGCAGUAGUCCAGAAGAGGCAUCACACAAGGCUAUUUCCUUUAGAAACCGAAUCAUCUUCUACUCAAAACCAGUGUUUGGAUGAAAAUAUUCCUCCAGGGACAGUGGUUGAUACUGUCAUUUCUCAUCCAAAGGAAUUUGAUUUCUAUCUUUGUAGCCAUUGGGGUGUGAAAGGAACAAGCAGGCCAACUCACUACCAUAUCUUAUGGGAUGAAAACCAAUUCACUUCUGAUGAACUACAAAAGCUGGUUUACAAUCUUUGCUACACAUUUGUGAGGUGCACCAAGCCAGUUUCUUUGGUUCCUCCAGCUUACUAUGCUCACCUAGCUGCAUACAGAGGCAGACUUUACCUUGAAAGGUCAGACUCCACAGCUUACAUGAGAAGUGCUUCUACAUUCUCCAGAGCUGCCCCUCCAAAAGCAACCCCUUUACCUAAGCUUAGUGAAAAUGUUAAGAACCUCAUGUUCUACUGCUAAUUUUUCUUGCUCUCUUAGCAUUCAGAAUUCUAAACUAUAUGACCUAUACACUUGAUUUCCACAAAGAUGUAGUAGUCUAGUAUAUGAUUGCCUAAGCUAGCUAGUUCUCAAUUUUAUGACUAACUUGUAGGCCAAUUCAAGAGUAAAUUUCAAAUUGUCUUGUUAGUCCUCUUAGAUGAACCACAUUGUAUUAAAAUAUUGUCAUAUUUAACAAGGAAAUGACCAUGUCAUGGUUUACAUGAUUAUCUUCUAUGUUAAA